CUGGUUAUGCGCCGUGUGUUACUGUUCUCAGUUCCCACCCAUCACUUCACUUCCUUUCAUCCAAACUCUUUUGCCUCUCUCUCUCUCUCUCUCUCUCUCGUGUUUUUGAUUUGAGAAUUGAGAUCGAGUCUUUUGAGACAUGGCAUCCUCGUUGGCACCAGCUACCAAAGCCGCCACUAAUUUGCGCCUCACACACUCUCUCCGCUUCUCUCCUAAACCCAACAACCUACGCUUUGCCACCAAGCCUGGUAUUACGCUGUUAUGCACGAGGGUUAAGGCCCAACUAAAUGAGGUUGCCCUUGAUAGUUCCUCCAAUGCUACUUCUCCUCCUAUGAAAGCCAAAUCAAAGGAGGAACCACCCGCAAAGCCUUUAGCAGAACCAUCUUCUUCAGUGUUGGCAACUCAAGAAUCGGUCUCUCAGUUUAUUACUCAAGUUGCAAGUCUUGUCAAGCUUGUUGAUUCAAGAGACAUUGUGGAGUUGAAGCUGAAGCAGCAUGACGUUGAAGUAACAAUCAGGAAAAAGGAGGCUAUGCCUCAGCCACCACCUGCUCCUCAACCUUCUGUGGUGUAUUCACCCCCUCCACCAGCGUUGCCACCACCACCUGUACCAGCAUCUACUCCAGCACCUACUCUAGCUCGUCCAACCCCUACACCAACUUCAGCCCCUGCUGUGAAGUCAGCUAAAUCAUCACUUCCGCCUCUUAAAAGCCCCAUGGCAGGGACAUUCUACCGAAGUCCUGCACCUGGUGAACCUUCCUUUGUGAAGGUUGGAGACAAAGUAAAGAAGGGGCAAGUUGUAUGCAUCAUUGAGGCAAUGAAAUUGAUGAAUGAAAUUGAAGCUGAUCAGUCAGGAACUAUAGUUGAAAUCGUUGCGGAAGAUGCCAAGUCUGUAAGCGUUGACACUCCCCUAUUUGUGAUUCAACCAUAGAGCUCAGAGUAUUUGAAUAGUAGAGGAAGUGUAGGAAGAUUUUGUUCUAAAUUGGGAUGACACAGUUGAGAAGAAUUCUUGUUUACAAUGGAUUUAUUCCUUAUUGUUCGCUUCUACAUGAUUGCACUAUGUUCUAGUGAACUUUUUUUUUUGUUUCAACUUUCAGGCAAGUUAAUGUGUAUGAUAUUAACCUCAAGUAGUCUGUUUUUACUUCUUGUUUUGAAAUGGUGAGGGAGCAUUUGAGCCAAA